AUGGCAACAAUGGCUUUCCCAGAACCUGAGAUUCAUCGUGCAGCAUCGCAGAGAAAGAGUUUACAUCCUGACCAUCAUGUGUAUCCAGGACACCGGUCCAGCAAAUCCGAUGUCGGCCAUAGCCCGCCUUCUAUUCCUCCGUAUUCACCGACAUCUCCCAGCUCGACUCUUCAAUCAGAAGAAGGCCUCCGUCAUUUCCAAGCAGGUGAACUUGCUGAGAGUGAUGAAGAAUGGUAUCGUCUUGUUCCCGAAGAAGCGCGCGAAGCAUUGGGCAAACACGAGGUCGAAAGACAGUCUGUUCUAUUCGAGGUAUUCAAAUCAGAAAGAGACUAUGUUUCAGACAUGGAACUUGUCAGAGAGGUGUUUACUGAGCCGCUCCAAAGCGCAUCACCUCCUGUGAUACCUCAAGAGCGUCUUCAAGGAUUUGUUAGGGAAGUAUUCUGGAACCUGGACCAGAUCCUAUCGCAUCACCAACGGAUGCUCGGCUCUCUCUUUGCGCGUCAGCGAGAUCAGCACCCCUUAGUUCAAAGCGUUACAGACAUUAUCCUUGAGACCUCAUUCCAAUUUCGGAAUGAGUAUGAAUCAUACAUCAAGCACUAUCCCCUUGCCGAGGAGGGACACCGAGCAGAACUUAAAAGUAACCAGAAAUACCAAGAGUUCAUCCAGCAGUGUUCACACGACCCGCGGAUCCGCAAGCGCGACCUCAUCACAUUUCUAUCGCGGCCAGUAACACGUCUUCCUCGCCUUAGUCUAGUGCUCGAGCACAUUCAUAAACUCACAGACACAGAACAUCCUGAUUUCGAAGAUCUACCGGUAAUCAUGUCUAUCCUAAGUGACUUUAUUAAGAGCACACAGCCUGGUAUUGCUGCGGCGGAAAAUAAAGUCAAGUUCUGGAACAUCUGCGAAAGCUUAGUAUACAUGAAUGGGGAGAUUAUAGAUAUAGAUCGGUACGACGAAAGUCGAUCGCUGGUCUACUCGGGCCCUCUAGCUCGCCGCUCAAAGUCGGAAAUGGACUGGCAUGGAUGGAAUGACCUCCUAGUUGUGUUGUUUGAUAAUUAUCUGCUUUUACUGCAAGAAAAGAAAGUGGGAAGCAUGACAAAGCGAUACGUGGUGUCACGACCUCUCCCACUUGAAUUCCUCCGGUUAGGUUCAUUCGACGCACCACUAGAGAAUCGCAAAGAACGUUCAGAAGAAGGCGGGCUCCUAGAUAGUUUCCGUGCACAAUCAAAACCCGUUUAUCCAUUUACGGUGUUCCAUGCAGCAUCGAAAGGGAGUCGGAGAUAUACACUCUACGCAGUGAGUGAGGCUGUGAGAAAGAAAUGGCGGGACGCAAUGGUGGACGCCAUGGGAGUGCAUAACGCAAGACGGGAUGGAAAUAAGUGGUUUGCACCUCAGCCCCUGGACGAUGGAUUCUUUCGCUCGAUAGGAGGUCGCACUUUUUUGACUGGUACUAAAGUCACUGGGGCAGUGACCAGUGCAGUUUCUUUUGUGGCCAGUGGCGGUAGGUCAUUUUUGGCUGUGGGAUGCGCAACCGGGAUUUACGUUGGUCCAAGGGGAGAAGGCGGAUAUCGCAAAGUCCUUUCGCUCACCAGUCCAUCAGCAUUAAUUGCUCUGCAGGAAUAUAAUAAAUUGGUCGUCCACCACGAUACAUACCUAGUCGCAUAUUCUCUCGAUCUUCUGGUGCGGGUCGCAUUGAAGCAAACUCCGCCGGGUAGUCUAGAUGCAUCGCUGGAGAAGAUUGCUGGUCAUGACGGCAACGUGUUGUUCUGCAAGGCUGGACGUCUCGGGACACGUACAACUAUUAUAUACGCUGUUAAAACAUUUUUACAAGUCACUGUGCACAUCGAAGAGGCUAUCAACCCGGGAACUUUGUCUGCAGCGCCCCGGCGGGCCAAUGACAAUGGCUCGCUGUCUUUUCGACCCUUUGGUGGACCCCUAUAUGUCCCAAAAGAUGCAUACAAUGUCACUCCACUGACAAAAAUGGUAGCCAUCAGUACGGAAAAGGGUAUCAUCAUAGUUAAUUCUACAAGCCCAACGAAGUCGGGGAUCGUUUUAGUACCUGAUUUUAGCGAUGCUCACAAUAGCAAGGCCAUGACAGAUUUGAAGAGCCGCUGUGAAGCCGCAAAGCCUCUGGGUCUCGUGCGAUCUGGGGCCUCGGAAUUGCUAGUAAUCUAUGACACGAUGGGUUGUUAUAUCACCAAACACGGAGUACCUUGUCGUUCAAGUGGCUUCGUCCGCUGGGAGACCAGUGUAACUACGUUUGCUCAACGCGGGGAUCAUGUUCUCUUGUUUUCCUCUGACUUUAUCGAAGUUCGGAAUAUAUCAAAGGGACGACUUGUGCAAGUGAUCGAGGGAAGUGAUAUAAGACUGUUGCAGCACAAUAGCCUUAGCGAGGAUAGGACGGAUGAUAACCUGCUUGUGGGUAUGAAAGGAGAGAAGAACGACAAAGAAGGGAUAAGUGAUAAGAUUCUAGAGCUUGUGGAGACGACCGAAUUCAAUUCUUUACAAGCGCCUUCAACAGCAAAUGCAGUUGCAAACGUAGGUGGUAUAUGGGAUGAAUGGGAUAUGUGAUUCUGGGAGGAUUGGUGCUUGGAUAUUAUUUUGCUUCAUACUACUCGAUGUUCGGAAGGUAUUUUCCUAUUUUACCCUGUUGUACAUUAUAUUCUGUUAUCCUAAAAUUUGACUCUAUAUCGCAUCUGAUAACUUAAGAGG